AUGGGCUGGAUUCGUAGCGCCAAAAGGACGUCUCUCAUAUACGCAGUCUCCAGUGUCGCAUUGCCGCUUACUAUACUCGCAUUCUUCCUAUGGCGUACCUUCGUUAGUAGCAAGAACACAACUGCAACCCCGCUCGAUAUCAGUCGGUGGAGGUCUCAAAUAGAGACACCAAAGCCGAAGAUCUUCCCUUGCCAGACGACGCAUGCUCGUAUCUUCCCGAAACGCCAUGGCUUCGCAUACUCGUACCUCCAGUGUGGAUUUCCCAUCAUCUCGAGCGGAACGAAGUACAACGGAGUAGAGUUUCCGAGUGGAGAAGAUCGAACUUUGGGUAGAUGGUGGCUACGUGUCAGAGCGGAGGACUAUCUGGAGCGAGGCGGUGGCGCUUUUGGUUUCUACUGGAAGCUGAGGACGUACCUGAGAGCCCAACAUGUCGAAGAUUCCGAAUGGGAAUAUGCCUACUUGGUGACGGCACCACGCUUCUUCGGCUACGCAUUCAACCCAGUCUCGUUCUGGUAUGUCUACGAUCGCGAGCAUGAGCUCAAGAAGAUGAUACUUGAAGUCAACAACACGUUCGGCGAAAGGCGCAUGUACCUGCUUGACGGAUCAAGCCCUUCCAGCCCGCCACGCACAUCAGACUCUGAGCAGAUGUCUGGCUCGGAGGGACAGGAAUCGCAAGUACCUGUCGAAGCGAAGUCCAAGUUUACCGAUGUGUGGAUGAAAGACUUCCAUGUCUCGCCGUUUAACUCUAGGAAGGGUUCGUAUGCGUUGAAGGCACAAAACCCUUUUCCGUGUGUGGAUUACGGGAACCCUAUGAUCGAUAAUACUAUCACACUCAAGUCCUCCAAGGAUCAUGGGAAGCUUGUAGCACGCCUUUACUCCACCGGAAAGGCUAUCGAUACUGAACAGUUGGGCCUCUUCGGAACUAUGCGGUUCAUUCUAAGCUGGUGGUGGGUAGGGUUCGUUACGUUCCCGCGUAUUAUCAGAGAAGCUUUCAAGAUCUUCUUCAAGAGAAAACUGCAUGUGUGGUUCCGACCAGAGGUCCUGACGUCGAGCGUUGGCCGACUACCCACAUCCGCUGAGAUCACACUUUAUAAAGUGUUCAGGAACUACCUGCAUCGGCUCGUAGAAGAAGCGGAAGUAGAUUUCAACAUCACGUUCCAAGCCUCGAUUCCCAAUGUUCCCACCAAUAUGGUUUGCCCGACACAUGUACCCGGUCGAAUUCGGCCCAAGAAGAACAUGGAGAUCCGCGUGCUUACACCAGCAUUCUACUCACGGCUCAUUCACUACACGUACACUUCCGAGGCCAUCGAUCCUUCUACCUCUGCUGCUUUCAGAGCGCUCGUCGAUACGCCUCGAAGAGAAGGACACGCCGCCAACGAGAAGGGGCCAUCUUGA